AUGGAGAACCUAAAACAGUAUUGGAAUUCGUGGUGGUACGAGAAUGAUGGAAGAAAAAGCGACAAGUACCCAUUGAAAACGCGGUAUCGGGGGACCAAAACGUCAGACAGAUAUUAUAAGGUGCAAAAACCUAAUACAACCCGUGCAAGCCGUCUUAGACGUGAACCGGAAGUCUCAGAGUAUCGCAAGCCAAACCCAGCUGAAAAUGGCUCACAGCCUUCCACUUGGAGCAAAAUCAAGUCGUUAUUCGAUUCGAACAGAAGAGAUAUCACUGAAUUGAAGCAGGCAUACCUUGACUAUAGGCUACCAAACACAGAGCCCAGUAAUACACAGGCUGAUAUCGAUAGAUUAGUGGUAAAUGAGCGGUUUAAGAAGAAAUUACUAGAAAGGAAGUAUGAGAGAAACAUGCUCAAUGAAUUGCGUCGUGGUAGACAACCCUACAGACGGAACAGAGAACACCGACCAAGUGUCAAUUCACCAAUUAACCACGCAGACGAAGUAAUUUUGUUAAGGAAAAAACUAGAUGAAUUGGAGCAAAGGCUUUCUGACGCGGUAGAAGAGUUAGUGAUAACGAAGAAGAAGUUAGAAUUUGUCCAACAGAAGAACAAUCUAUUAGAAGAGCUGUUCGAUGAUGGGAAAAUGGAAACCGAAUAUGUGAAGUCAAGAAGAAAUAUAACAAAUCUACAAAACAGCGAACGUAAACCAGAACUGAAACAAUUGCCACGAUCCCCGUCGCCAGUACUGCAUGUAGACCCAAUGUUCACCUCAAGUCCCAUUCGUGCUACAAAUAACAUCCUAGGGGAAGGUUCACCCCAGCAUGUGCAACAACACGACAAUUUCUAUGAGAAAUACCCCCGUAUCCCGAAAACAGAGCGUCUUGACAACUAUCGCUCUUCUCUAGCAAACCAUGAAGACGAUUAUCAAGACAGACAUGCUGAGAACUCCCUCUCGCCGGUACGAGUGGAUUAUUCUAAAUAUAGCAGUGGGGUGUAA